AUGGACAAGAUGAAGCAAACGUUUCACUUACUCUCCCUGAUAUCGCUGAUAUACUUAUUAAAUGUCUCAGUUGGGAAACAAUGCAAAACAGCUGAAGUAUCGAUUCCGGGCAAAGCUCUCAUGGGUUACACGUUUAAAUCUUUGGCUGUGCGGGCGCCGUUUGAAUGUCAAGGACUUUGUGAGAACACAUUUCAUUGUCAGAGCUACAACCUUUUGUUACCGGGAAAAAUUUGUGAAUUGAACAACAGAACUAAGGAGGCAAGACCUCGAAACUUUGUCACGGAUGAAAAUCGAUUUUACGUGAGGAGCUGACCUAAUAGAGGUAUAGUUUUGAUAAAAGUGGAGUAUAGUUUCGUUUGUGCAGGACGUUGUCCCAGGAAUUUUAAUAAAUGAAAUAAGAAAAAAGCCAAAUAGGUAUUCAAAUCAAAAUUACGCUGCGGUUGUGGGAAAGUCUCACAGAACUUCUACUGAAUAAUUCUUACAAUCUCCUUGAGAUUAUUGUUUUUGUAAAAAGAAAGUCGUUUUUGUUCAAGUUGACGAAAUAUAUGCAUGUAAUCAUUGCAUGAAAUCAUUAUGAUCUCGAAAAUUUUGUUAUUUCUUGGUAUGCAUAUUUAGCUCAGAAAAUGCGUCUCCUUCACUGAAAAAAAAAAUCAAACGAACGGUUUAAAAUUUUAAAGCAAACAUCAAAUCUUGUUAUUGGGUGUUCCAUUGGUUUUUCUGUUGGAAUCCAGUAAAUCAUUUAUAUUUUUAAAAAGAAAACAUAGCGGUUUUCUUGUAUGGCCAAGUUCAGAUAAUCUUUAGCUAGAACAUAAGCAUAGGUUUGUAAUCGCUUUCCAUUGUUGCACAAACAUCUGACGCUCUCAAGAAGUGUGAAAGCAGCUUUUAAUCGAGAUACUAAUAAGUGCCUCUUUUUAGGUUACUAUUUCCUUUCUCUUGGUCGCAUUUGCCUUUCACUACGACCACGUUCUUGCAAAUAUGAACAUGCCAAAAAAUAAAACAUAAACAAAGAUUUACACGACUAAAGCUGAUUUAAAGAUAUUUGUUUGACGCGUUUCCAUUUCGCCAUUAUUUCAAAGUUCCUCUUGGCACCAUUCCUGAAUUGUCUGCUGAGUCCUGUAUGGAGAUCGUCUCCAGCGAAGAAGACAAGGUUGUCAGCGGUUUGUACUGGCUUAAUUUCAGAGAGCUGGGAAUAAUACAGGUAAAUUCUCUCUCCGUCUGCAGAGAAAUCGCAGUGAUUUUUUAAAUUGGUUAAGCAUUUUUCUUUUUUGAGAAACUUCAACAUUGAUGCCUGCAAGUAAAAUAAUGGAGAUCCUGUUCAUAAUGCAUUUUCGUGGCACUUCGUAGUUCAGACAUUAACCCACUACGCCGAAACAAUUUAAUCUUAGUGUCGCGACAAUACGCUCAUCCAUAUCGUUCGUCCACACGUGCGCAUUUGAGCGACUGCUUCGCAACGCUUAUCUACAUGGGUAGGCAAACUGAAGAAACAGAAUAAUGGUUUUAUUUGAAAAUGCUUUGUCAAUUCCGGGUUUUGUUUUCAUUAAGUCGUCAUCAAAGAUUUCAUUUAGUGGCUUGCAGUUCUUCCCCACUUUACAGUGCUAAAGAUAUUCUGUGAAGUAUAAGCGUAUUGGACUUCAACUUUUAUGACUGAACUAUUUUUUUAUAUAUGAAGAUCUGCCCGUAUAUUCUGAUAAAUUGAUAAAUGCUUAAAGGAGGACAUUGAUCAUAAAAACUCGACCAAAACAUUCGUUAAAACUAACGAUAUCGUUCUCGCACUCAUAAAUGGCGCUACUUCACUUACAAUACAGUUUUUUGUCAGAGUUUUAAAUGCAGCCAAUCCUCGUCAACUGUUGGUUUUAAAAUGUAAGUUAUCGUGCCAAGUUUUUGUAUUAUUUCGACCCUCUAGGUAUAUUGUGACUUUACACAUGGUAGAGAUGGGUGGAACCUCAUCGCUCGGUUCUCAAACACUGACGCUGUGCACUGGAUGCUUGAUUCUGGUUACUGGUGGUAUGAUAGAAGAGAGGCUUUCGGAGAAACUACUGAUCCAUCUGGCAACACUGACAUGAUAUCACCGUUAUUUUGGCUGCCUAACGGAAGUGAUUUCAAGAUCACGCGCAGCGAUGAUUCAGAGCAUACUGCUCUAUUGCAAACCACAGAUAACUGUCCAGGAAUACAGACAUUCAGCUCUAAAGUCACAAACUACGGUGAUUUCAGAAAUGGCACAAUUUGGCCCAAUGCAAGGUGCUUAGGAACAUGCAAAGUGCAAUAUGGUGGACAGUACCAAAGUACUGACGGCUUCGUGCGGGCUUCAUGUAACGGUAGCCUGCAGGCUGCUGAUGAGGUUCCGGCUCCGUGA